GCGCGGGGCGCGGCGCGGGCGGCGCUGUCAGGGCCGCGGCUCCCGCGCCCGAGCCGCGCUCGCCGGGACGAGCCGGGCAGUGAUUUGCGGGGCGAGCUCACCUUCAGCCAUGGCCCGGGGAGCCUAGCGGGGCCCGGCCGCCGCCCCCCGGCUCCCCUUCCCCGCCUCCCCGCCUCCCCUCGGCGCCGCAUCCCGCCGGCCUCGCCGCCCGGCCCGCGCCGGGCAACCGCCCUCGCCCGGAGCCCGCCCUCGCUCCUGCCCGCGUCCCCCGCCGGCGCCGCCGCGGGAAGCGGCUCCCCCUCCCCUUCCUCCGCGUCCUCCUCCCCCUCGCCCCGCCGGGGCCGCUUGUUGCACCGCCCCGCGGCCUGCGGGAGCCGCUCGGCCCGGCCCCGCGCCCGCACCCCCUUCCGCUCGCCCCCGGGCCCGCACCCCAGCCCGGCCGGCAGGACCCCGGCCCGACCCCGCCGCCCGCACAAAAUGUCGGCCCGGACGCCAUUGCCGACGGUGAACGAGCGGGACACGGAGAACCACCCAGCACAAUGACUGGUAGUCAGUCAUAUGGAAGACAUCAGUGCUGGAACAUUCCCCUUUUGAAUUUUUUCAUUUAUCAUCAAAGUAUCUUAGUGACACUGGGGAAGCAUACAUCUGUAGAUGGAUACAUUGAACCGCAUAUCCCGCCUACCAAAUCAAGUAGCAGACAGAACAUUCCUCGGUGUAGAAACUCCAUUACGUCAGCAACAGACGAACAGCCUCACAUUGGAAAUUAUCGUUUACAAAAAACAAUAGGGAAGGGAAAUUUUGCCAAAGUGAAAUUGGCAAGACAUGUUUUAACUGGUAGAGAGGUUGCUGUGAAAAUAAUAGACAAAACUCAGCUAAAUCCGACCAGUCUACAAAAGUUGUUUCGAGAAGUACGAAUAAUGAAGAUAUUGAAUCAUCCUAAUAUAGUAAAAUUGUUUGAAGUUAUUGAAACAGAGAAGACCCUCUAUUUAGUCAUGGAGUACGCGAGUGGGGGUGAAGUAUUUGAUUACUUAGUUGCCCAUGGAAGAAUGAAAGAAAAAGAGGCCCGUGCAAAAUUUAGGCAGAUUGUAUCUGCUGUACAGUAUUGCCAUCAAAAGUGCAUUGUUCACCGUGAUCUUAAGGCUGAAAACCUUCUCCUUGAUGCUGAUAUGAAUAUUAAAAUUGCUGACUUUGGUUUUAGUAAUGAAUUUACAGUCGGGAACAAAUUGGACACAUUUUGUGGAAGCCCACCCUAUGCUGCCCCUGAGCUUUUCCAAGGAAAGAAGUAUGACGGGCCUGAGGUGGAUGUGUGGAGUCUCGGUGUCAUUCUCUAUACACUAGUCAGUGGCUCCUUGCCUUUUGAUGGCCAGAAUUUGAAGGAACUACGGGAGCGAGUCUUACGAGGGAAGUACCGUAUCCCCUUCUAUAUGUCCACUGACUGUGAAAAUCUUCUGAAGAAAUUAUUGGUGCUGAAUCCAAUAAAGAGAGGCAGCUUAGAACAAAUAAUGAAAGAUCGGUGGAUGAAUGUUGGUCAUGAGGAAGAAGAGCUAAAGCCAUAUAGUGAGCCUGAACCAGAUUUCAAUGACGCGAAAAGAAUAGACAUCAUGGUCACCAUGGGUUUUGCACGAGAUGAGAUAAAUGACGCCUUAAUAAAUCAGAAAUACGAUGAAGUUAUGGCUACUUAUAUUCUUCUAGGUAGAAAACCACCUGAAUUUGAAGGCGGUGAAUCGUUGUCCAGCGGAAGCUUGUGUCAGAGGUCACGGCCCAGCAGUGACCUGAACAACAGCAGCCUUCAGUCCCCUGCUCACCUGAAGGUCCAGCGGAGCAUCUCCGCAAACCAGAAGCAGCGGCGUUUCAGUGAUCAUGGUGGGGGAAAAGUCAAACAAGUGAAAAGACAGACCAGUCCUACUCAAACUUCUGGUCCAUCCAUUCCCCCUGCCGUAUCAUAUACCAAAAGGCCUCAGGCUAACAGUGUGGAAAGUGAGCAGAAAGAGGAGUGGGACAAAGACCUAGCUCGUAAACUUGGCAGCACAACGGUUGGAUCAAAAAGUGAGAUGACUGCAAGCCCUCUUGUGGGGCCAGAAAGGAAAAAAUCUUCAACUAUUCCAAGUAGCAAUGUAUAUCCUGGAGGCAGCAUGGCAAGAAGGAACACGUAUGUGUGCGAGAGGACCGCAGAUCGGUACGUGGCGUUGCAGAAUGGCAAAGACAGCAGCCUUACGGAGAUGUCCGCAAGUAGCAUAUCUUCUGCAGGCUCUGCUGUGGCUUCUGCUGUCCCCUCAGCACGACCCCGCCACCAGAAGUCCAUGUCCACUUCUGGCCAUCCUAUUAAAGUUACACUGCCAACCAUUAAAGACGGCUCUGAAGCUUACCGGCCCGGCGCAGCGCAGAGGGCGCCCGCUGCCUCCCCGUCUGCUCACAGUAUUAGCGCCUCCACUCCGGACCGCACCCGCUUCCCCCGGGGGAGCUCCAGCCGCAGCACCUUCCACGGCGAGCAGCUCCGGGAGCGCCGCAGCGCCGCUUACAACGGGCCGCCCGCCUCUCCUUCCCACGAAGCGGGCGCGUUCGCACACGCCAGGAGGGGAACGUCAACCGGUAUAAUAAGCAAAAUAACAUCCAAAUUCGUUCGCAGCGACCAUGCAGCAUAUGACACCUGGAGAGAGAAAGAGCCGGAAGCUCACAGCAGAGUCAGCAUGACAGGGAUCCAAGUGAAGGCGAAGCGAGUGGCCGCACAGACCCCUCAAGAAGUACGUCAGGGGAACCAAAAGAAAGAGAUAAGGAAGAGGGUAAAGAUUCUAAGCCACGUUCUUUGCGGUUCACGUGGAGUAUGAAGACCACUAGUUCAAUGGACCCCCAUGACAUGAUGAGAGAAAUCCGGAAAGUGUUAGAUGCAAAUAACUGUGACUAUGAACAAAAAGAGAGGUUCUUGCUUUUCUGUGUGCACGGCGAUGCUAGACAGGACAGCCUCGUGCAGUGGGAGAUGGAGGUCUGCAAGUUGCCACGGCUGUCACUGAACGGGGUCCGCUUCAAGCGAAUAUCUGGGACAUCUAUUGCCUUUAAGAACAUUGCAUCUAAAAUAGCGAAUGAGCUUAAGCUGUAAAGAAACUCAAAUUUACAGGAUCAGGGAAGAUGCAUUCACAUAUGAGGUACAGUUUUGAAUGUAUUGGUAAUGCCUAAGGCGAUUGGCCUGUGAGUCUCCCCCCAUGUAGAAUUCGCCCUUCAUGCAAUAAGGACAUACAUAGUUAGGGACUGGACAACUCAAGUCCGUGUGAAGUAUACUAAAUACCUGUAGCUAAAAAAGUAGGUUUCACAUGUACAGGUAAGUAUAUUGUGUAUUUCUGUUCAUUUUCUGUUCAUAGAGUUGUAUAAUAAAACAGAUGAUUGCUUAAAGAACCUGUAUAGUUGUCUAGAUUUCUGCACAUAAAUGUAUGUUUGACACUUUCAGUUGGAGAUGUUCUUCCCUGUUACUUACAUUCUGGUGGGUUUUUUAAAUUCUUACCUCCAUCAUGCAAUUUUGAAAAUUGUGUCCAGAAUUAAAAGUGCACAGAAAUAGUCUUUAAAGUUGUAGCAUGGACUUCUAAAAAUUAUUUUUAAAUCCUAUUUAAAUUUAAACCAGGAGCUGAUAAAUAGAUCAGCUUUACUGUACACAGAAUUAUUCCUGCUUACCUAUGCUCUUCUCCUUGUUCUCAGACAAGGUGUAGUUGAGAAAAUACAAAAUGUUUACAGUGUUGGCACUUAGAGUUUUUAAAAUGAACUACAUCAAAAUAUUAAUAGCUUUGCCUUGAGCUAAGAAGUACUGGGGAAAAAGUUAAACCUGUAUCACAUUUCUUUUAAACUUUAAAGUGUUUUCUGGCCCACUGCUAAAUGUAGCAGCAAAAUUAAAAAGAAUCAACACUCCAUCUGGCUAUUAUAAAUGUAAACUGUCACUUAGGUUUGCUGCCUUCUGAAUACCGCAAUGUAAUUGCGGAAAUAGAAUAUCGGGACUGUCUCAUAGCACAAGCUCAUCUUUACAGUGUUGAUCAAUGCAUCAGUUAAGAAAUAAUGCCACCUCAGGAACUAACUGGCAUUGGGAACAUGGACCUAUUCUCCUCCCAUCCUUUUCACCUGCCCCCGACACAGUAAUAUCUGUAAGUACUUAGGAGACUUUUGAGCAACACCUACUAUUUAUAACAGUGUAUUAUUGAUUUACGCUUACGUGGUUGUUGAGUUUGUUCCCAUGUAACAUGUUUGUUUUUAAUAUUUUGCCAGAUUUCUUGUAUUUAUUCCACAUUGUUACGCCUAUAAUGUGCAGCUUUGUAAUUGGGCAUUUGCCUCCUUUUCUUUCAUAAUUAGUGAUAUAUGCGAUGUAAAACCACGAGGAAAGGUACAUUUUAAUACUUGUUAUUUUUUACUGAAUUAGCCUUGGAGGUUGACUGUGCAAUGUUAUUUAAUGUUGUAAUUACUGUAAUAUCAACAUAUGGGCCCCAUCUGCACACUCCUGAGAAAUGGAAAAGGGUAUUCAAAUUUUAUCAGUUCAAAGGAGAAUAAAGCUGUGAUAAAUACUGUAAUUCUAACCUGCAUCAGAAUGCUCUACGUGUAGGUGAUGUGCCAUUCCGCAAUGGCAUCCAGACUAGGGUGAAUUUUACAUUCUGUACUGUACUGUGACAUAGCUUUCCUCUGUAACAGUUCUGUUCUAAAAUGAAGUGUAUUUUUGCCUUAGCAAAGGAUGGUGUUUGGAAAAAAAAAAAACUGUGUAGCCCCUUUUUAACCUAGUGUUCAUUCAGAAAAAUUGAUGCAAAUCUUUAUUCACUUUCACUGGUGCACACUGAAAUUUUACUUGAACAGUUCUCAUAAUAAAGCACUUGUCUUCUGCUCUUUA